ACUUAAUGAGUUUUUAAAAACCCCACAGUUAUAUGCUAAGGAGUGUUAUAUAUUCAAUUUCAUUUAGUUUACAGAAAAGCGAAGGGAACUGAAGUCUGAUGGUCGUUUAGAUAAGGAACUUUCAGAAUCCUAUGCAUUUCUCAUGGUUGAUCGGUAUCAGGUUCAAAACAUAUGUGAAAAAGGAUUGCAGGUGGGCCAGUCCAAAAUAACAAUUCUCGGCAGUCCUUCCAUGGGUAUCUAUCUUUCUAAAUAUGCUGACCUAUUACAAGCUAAUCCUUUGGAAGCUGGGGCAGUGGGCGAUGUUGUGAUUUUUAAAAUAAUGAAGGGUAAAAUAAAGAGUAUAUAUGACCCCAUGGGUGUGAAAAGCUUGGAAUCCAUGUUAAAUAAAAGUGCUUUGGACCCCACACCAAAGCAUGAAUGUCACGUGUCGAAGAAUGCAGGUAGAAUUACAUCACUCUUGGCUUACAGAGCCUAUGAGCUUACUCAGUAUUAUUUUUAUGAGUAUGGCUUUGAUGAACUAAGGCGAAGACCAAGACAUGUUUGUCCAUAUGCAGUUGUGUCUUUUACUUACAGAGAUGAUAUACAAACUCCCAAGUUUGUUUCUUCAUCAAGAUCUAACAGCUUUAAUGCAGAUAGACAUAUAGAAAAGUUUAACUACACCUUGUGGAAAGGACAACUUUUAAAUAAAGGAAAGCUUCUGUGUUACAUUUCUCUGAGGUCAGCUACUCGUGCUUUUUUGCCUAUCAAGCUUCCUGAAAAGUUAGAUAUUGAAACGGUUGUGAGUAUUGAUCAUCUGAAACAGAAAAUUCCUCCAUCACUGUUUUACAAGGGAACAUACGUGGGUCCAAAUGAAGUUUUGAAGAAUGGAAUGUAUUGCAGCCUUUAUGAAGUUGUAGAAAAAACAAGAAUUGGAAGUAACAUGGAGAGUUUACUGCAAAAACUAGAUAAAGAAAAGCUUGCUCUUGUUAAACCAUUGGGAGACAGAGGAUUCCUUUUUCUUUUCUCGCCGUAUCAGAUGGUUUCUCCAUAUGAACAUCAGACUGUCAAGUCUCGAAUCCUGCAUGCUUUGUUUCUAUUUCAAGAACCUAGAGGCAUAAUUACUUCACAAAAACUUUCGACCAAUCCAGCACCACAGGAGAGGCAUGAGCAUGAGAGUGUACCAGAUAUAUUAAGAAUAGCUCAAUUCUUACAGUUUGCUUUGAUUCAUUGUCGAAAAGAAUUCAAAAGUAUAAACACUAUAAAUUUUCAUUCUGUUGUUGAAAAGUAUGUAAGUGAAUUUUUUAAGCGAGGUUUUGGUUCAGGUAAAUGGGAAUUUAUGUUUUCAUAUGAUUCACGAUUAGAUGAUAAGAAGUUCUUAUACUCAGCACCAAAACAUAAGUCCCAUAUUGAUGAUUGUUUGCAUACCUAUAUUUUUCGACCUGAAAUGUAUCAGUUACCUAUUUGUAAACUAAAAGAACUAUUUGAAGAAAAUAAAAAACUUCAACAGUUCAGUCCACUUUCAGAUUAUGAGGGUCAAGAAGAAGAAAUGAAUGGUACGAAAAUGAAAUUUGGAAAAAGAAACAACUCAAGGCGUGAAACUACUUCACCUGGAAAGCAAAAGUCAUGUCAUUCUUUGGAUUAUGAUAAGGACAGAGUCAAGGAAUUGAUUAAUUUAAUUCAGUGUAGGAAAAAAAAUGUUGGCGGAGACCCAGACACAGAAGAUAUGAGAAGCAAAACUGUCUUGAAGAGGAAGCUUGAGAACCUACCUGAAAAUAAGAGAAAAGUUGCGAAAACUAGUAAUUUAUCUGAAAAUUACCAUCUGUAUGAAGAGUCUCCACAGCCUGUUGGCUUAGUUGGGCAUGAUGCUGACUUGAGACGGCAGCAGCAGGAUACCUGUAACUCUGGCAGUGGUGACAUUCAUAGGCUGUUUAAUUGGCUGUCAGAAACGCUAGCCAAUGCUCGCCAUUCUGAUGCAUCCCUGACAGACACAGUCAACAAAGCCUUAGGAUUGAACACUGAUGAUGCCUAUGAAGAGCUAAGGCAGAAUCAUGAGUAUAAGUUGAACUCUGUCUCAGAUAAGAAAGGAUAUGAGCAGCCUACUUGUAUAAAAAUUGAAAAUGUACAUUUUAAGGGCGUUCAGAGCCCAUUGUUAGAAGUGAAUACUUCAUCUUUAAAGUAUCCGGUUGCUGUAUCCAGUGAAGUAGGCAUUGACCAUAAACUGCAUUUGAAAGAAGAUCCAAAUUUAAUUAACGUGAAUAAUUUUGAAGAUUGCAGUUUGUGUCCUACUGUUCCCAUUGAACAUGGAUUCCAUAGGCAACAGUCUAAGUCUAGUAAUGUUGAAGAGACUGAAAUACAUUGGAAACUGAUUCCAAUUACAGGUGGGGAUACAAGAAGCCCGGAAGACCAGCUGGGGAAACAUAGUGAAAAACAAACAUCAGGUAUGAAAUCACCAGAUGAACAACUGGUGUGUCUGCCACCCCAGGAGGCCCAUCCUAACGACCCCCGGGUAAUAAGUAGACAGAGAAGUUCUGAUUACCAGUUUCCAUCCUCUCCAUUUACAGACACACUAAAGGGCACCACUGAGGAUGAUGUAUUGACAGGUCAGAUGGUGACAAUGGAAGAGCAGUGUGCGUCAGCAGAGCCGUCUACAGUGAGUGAAUCUACAGAGAGAACAGUGUUAGGAGAGUACAGUCUCUUUUCUAGGAAGAUAGAAGAGAUUUUGAAGCAAAACAAUGUUUUAUAUAUCAGUAAAAUUCCUACACCUAUGUUUUCAACACAAGAGAAGUUAAAACGGCUUUCUAAGUUCAUAUAUUCUGAGACUUCCAAAGCUGGUAUACAGGAAUUUGUAGAUGGUGUGCAUGAAAAGCUAAACACUGUUAUUAUUAAAGCAUCUUACAAGGGUGGGAAUUUGCCACCAGUUAAUUCUAAUGAUUCUGGUACUACAAAGACAUUGAAUCCUCUUGAAAGGCAUGUUGUAUCAGUUUCCUCAAGCGACUACAACAAUAAACACCUCCUUGAGCCAGUUUGUAGUGAUGCUUUGAAAGAUGCCAACUCUCAAGAACAGCAUUCCUCUUCAACGUUGGGUUUAACCGAAGGAGAAAUGAACCAGCCACACCAUGCUACUGAGUUAAUGGUGACUUCUGAUCAUACAGUACCUGGUGAUUCUGCCCGGGAACCAGAAGAAAAGGAAACACAAUCACCCAAUGAUGUAAACAUUUCUGCCCAACCUGCUCUUUCAAAUUUCAUAAGCCAGUUAGAACCUGAAGUAUUUAACAGUUUGGUUAAAAUCAUGAAAGAUGUCCAGAAAAAUACUGUGAAAUUUUAUAUUCAUGAAGAAGAAGAGAGUAUGCUCUGUAAAGAAAUAAAGGAAUAUCUUAUCAAAUUAGGCAAUACAGAAUGUCACCCGGAACAGUUUUUGGAAAGAAGAUCAAAAUUAGAUAAACUAUUGAUUAUUAUUCAAAAUGAAGACAUUGCAGGUUUCAUUCACAAGGUACCUGGCUUGGUGACUUUAAAGACCCUCCCCUGUGUUAGUUUUGCUGGUGUUGAUAGCCUGGAUGAUGUUAAAAAUCAUACAUACAAUGAGUUAUUUGUAUCUGGAGGCUUUAUUGUAUCUGAUGAGUCAAUUCUAAAUCCAGAGGUUGUCACAAUUGAGAGCCUUAAAAUUUUUUUGACAUUCCUUGAAGAACUUAGUACUCCAGAAGGCAAAUGGCAGUGGAAAGUGCACUGUAAAUUUCAGAAAAGGCUAAAGGAACUGGGCAGUUGUGAUUCACAAACUCGAAAUGCUCCAGAACUGGAUUGCCUUAUCAGACUUCAGGCUCAGAACAUACAGCAACGACACAUAGUCUUUUUAACAGAGAAGAAUAUCAAGAUGCUUUCCAGUUAUACAGAUAAUGGAAUAGUAGUUGCAACUGCUGAAGACUUUAUGCAGAACUUUAAAAAUCUUGUGGGCUAUCACAACUCAAUUGCAGAAGAAAGCCUUCCGUUCCUUGGUGUUAAUGAGAAUCUUGAGUCACAGUCAGCUCUUUUAGAAAACGAUGAAAAGGAUGAAGAGGAUAUGUCUCUGGAUUCAGGGGAUGAGAUCUCACAUAUAGAAGUAUGCAGCAAUUCUCAUUCAGAAAUAUUGGCGAAAGAAAACACAGGAUCAAGUGGAAGAAAUCAAAAAAAGAAUACUCAAAUUGGGUUGCAAUCGUCUCUUGACGUGCAAAAAAGUUUAUUAGAAGAUAAGACUUCCCAAAUUGAUUCUGAAGAGAGCACUUCUGUUGAUAGAGUCUGUCCUGAAGGAGAGAACAGCAAUUCAGCAGAGCAAGAUUUGUAUAGCGUCUUUCAGGUUUCUCAGAGUCCAUUAAAUAUGUCCCAUCAGUUUAGUCAUUUUAAUGUUCUCACUCAUCAGACAUUUCUGGGGACAUCAUAUCCCCUUUCAUCAAGUCAGACUGAAGAAAAUGAAAAUUCCUUUUUAUCUGCUUAUACUCAAUGUACAUCUCCAUUAGAUUGGAGAAAAAAAUGAUUCUUCCAGGCCAUGUUGAAAAAAGAUACAGUAACUUUGGUUGUUGUGGACCUCUUCUGUUUAACAGUGAAUUUACAGUUUAUAUUCUCUAAACACAAGGUUUCUUAUCCUUUCUGAAAUGUUUUUCUCUUAUUUAAAUCAUGAUGGCCUGUAACAGUUAAAACAUCUGAAAACAAAUAAAUAUAUAUAUAUUUCUAACAUAUUGUACUUGAAUUAUCUCAUGGUGGCACUUUUUAAGUUCUACAUUUGUCUGUUACCUGUACUUGAGCUUCAAAUUGAAGCCUGUUUUAUAUGUAAAAUUAGGUGUUUAUAGAAAGAUGGUAAAAGCAGUGGUUUUACUUUUUUUCCUGUAAUGUUGGAUAAUACAAACUAUUUUGAUUUAAGCUUUUGUAUAAUGUUUUACACAGGUAUAAGCCAGUGAUGUUAAUAUUUAUAGGAGUUUGGCUCUGUACCGCAAGAUGUUUCUAACAAUACCGUUUCAUUUAGGUAAAAACUUAUGUACAUAGGACUUAAUAGCAAGCAGCAUUAUUUUUUAAUCUUAUAGGCUUAGACAUGUAAAAAUUCACCUUAUUUCAGUUUUGAUCAACUUUUUGAGAGUAUUUGAUAAUUAUGAUUUUCAGUGCUUCUGUAAUAAUUGACCAAAUCAGUUUCAAAACAUGGGGCUUCUGUUGUUAUCAAAGGCAUUAAACAAUUUGGAACUUGUAGUCUUA